UAGUAUACGGCACUCCCAUCUCCCGUGCUAUAGGCGGAUGUAAGCCUCUCGGGUGAUGAUACACACUCUGCAGGGAGAGGAUUUUUUCGAUGAGGAAAACAUUCUCUGUCAAAUCGUCACAUGGGGCCAAUCGCUUCCUGCAUCGUGACUGAACCACUGUACGCGUUUGUGCGUUUUGUUUUGUGCGUAUAGGGUCGCAUCGUUAAUAAGAUUACCGUUCCUCGCGCGCCGCUGAUGUCACAUAUUUUAUUGCGAUGAUAAGCAAAGUUAAAAAUGCCAUGUCCUCGCUGGUGGGCGGAAUUAUCCCGCACGGCCACCACCAACACCACCACCAUCAGCAGCAGCAGCACGGAUCCGCGCAGAACGGCGGCACCGACGGGCAGCCGCCGCGCUUCCCCUACAGCAGACCCGAGUUUCUGGACCUGACGCCGGAGCUGCUGCAGUACUCCACCGAGCACGCUUCCAGACCGGUCAUCGCGCUCAAGAGAGACAGCAGGCUGCCCUGGCGAACGGGAUACGCGGAGGUGAUUAAUGCUGGGAAGAGCAUGCUGAAUGAAGACCAGGCUUCCUGUGAGCUGCUGUAUAUCAGGAAGAUGAGUAGUAAGCAGCAGCGCUGCUCCAUGUUACAGGAGGACAGUGGGGACACCACAGGCAUUCCCAUGCACUUCUGGGGAGUGUUUGAUGGACACGCCGGCUCUGGUGCUGCUCUCAUGGCAUCCAAACUUCUCCAACUUAUCAUCCGUGAUCGGCUUUGUGAUGUGGCUCAUCUUCUCGAAAAUCAAAACAACCCUCCGCCUAUCUGUCUGACCAAGAACGGAAGCCCCUUCCAGGCUGAGGCGAAGAAAGGGGCCUGCCUAGAUGGAGAGGAGCAGGAUGGGCUCCUGGAUGAGCCGCGGUUCCACAUGGAGAAAGACAUCAGUGUGGAGAGCCUGGUGAUGGGGAUCAUAGAGACCGCCUUCAGACAGAUGUGCAGAAAUGACACCUCUUUCUCAUCCCUUCAGGACACCACAGGCAUUCCCAUGCACUUCUGGGGAGUGUUUGAUGGACACGCCGGCUCUGGUGCUGCUCUCAUGGCAUCCAAACUUCUCCAACUUAUCAUCCGUGAUCGGCUUUGUGAUGUGGCUCAUCUUCUCGAAAAUCAAAACAACCCUCCGCCUAUCUGUCUGACCAAGAACGGAAGCCCCUUCCAGGCUGAGGCAAAGAAAGGGGCCUGCCUAGAUGGAGAGGAGCAGGAUGGGCUCCUGGAUGAGCCGCGGUUCCACAUGGAGAAAGACAUCAGUGUGGAGAGCCUGGUGAUGGGGAUCAUAGAGACCACCUUCAGACAGAUGGACGACCUGAUAGAGAAGGAGAAAGAAUCUUACAGCAUCUCUGGCGGCUGUUGUGCCUUGAUUGUAAUUCACUUAUUGGGGAAACUCUAUGUAGCAAAUGCUGGAGACAGCAGAGCCAUAAUUGUCCGAAACAAUGAGGUCAUCCCAGUGUCCAAUGAAUUCACACCAGAAAGUGAAAGACAGCGGCUACAGUACCUGGGCUUCCUCAAACCGGAGCUGCUUGGGAAUGAGUUUACGCAUAUUGAAUUCCCCAGACGUAUCCAGCACAGUGAACUCGGCAAGAAGAUGCUUUUUAGAGACCACACAAUGACUGGCUGGGCAUAUAAGACAAUUGUAGAAGACGAUCUCAAGUUCCCGCUGAUUUAUGGGGAGGGGAAAAAGGCUCGAGUCAUGGCUACUAUUGGAGUAACGCGCGGUUUAGGGGAUCACGACUUGAAAGUGUACAACUCCAACAUUCAUAUCAAACCUUUCCUAUCCUGCUGCCCAGAAGUCAAGGUGUACAAGAUCUCUGAGCACAAACAUGGGUCUGAUGAUGUCCUGAUCAUGGGUAGUGAUGGACUAUGGGACGUUACAACUGACAGAGAUGUUGCCGAUGCAGUAUCGACUUUCUUGUCUAGUCGUGAGCCCAAUGAUCCCUUGAGGUAAGUGCUCGAUUUUUCCAUCAUAACUGACCUGAUCACAUAAUG